AUGUGGUCAACACAAACAAUCAUUAAUUCAAUGCCAUCCGUAAAGUUACAAUUUGAGGAAGCUACAUAUGAGGAUGAUGCUGAUAUUGUCAUCUUAUGGGCAGAAGGUGAUCAUGGUGAUGCAUAUAAAUUUGAUGGUACCGGUAAUCAUACCAAUAUUUUAGCUCAUACAUUUUAUCCAACAUAUCAGGAAGAUGGUCAUUUGAAUGGUGACAUACAUCUUGAUGAUGCGGAAAAAUGGAUCAGUGAUAAUAGAGGUGAUGGUACCUCAUUCCCUAAUGUAUUUAUUCAUGAAAUUGGCCAUUCAUUAGGAUUAGGUCAUAGUAAACGGGCAGAUGCUAUUAUGUAUCCAAUUUACAAGAAGGAUAUGAUUGAUAAUGCAUCAUUUGAUUUAGACGACAAAUGCGCGCUAAAUUGGAACUACAGUAAGUUAGUGAUUUGA